CGGUCCCCAAUCAAUUGACUUUCAUAACAACCAUAAGUUUGUUGAGAAGUUCUUACAAAAGGAAGGCCCUAUAGGGUGCUAGCUAGUACAAAAGAAAAUAUACACAUUUUUCAUUAUAGUACAAUUUCAUUCAUAUUUUGUUGAGUUUGUGAAAGUGUCUGAGAUGGGAAAUUGUCAAGCUAUAGAUGCUGCAGCACUAGUGAUUCAGCAUCCAAGUGGGAAGAUAGAGAGAUUGUAUUGGUCAGUAAGUGCAAGUUAUGUCAUGAGGGCAAAUCCUGGUCAUUAUGUGUCAUUGAUCAUGCCAUUGCCUCAAGAACAAGAAGGGCAUAAUAGUAAUAAUAAUGAGGUGAAUAAGGCUGUGCUUUUCACUCGUGUUAAGUUGCUUAAGCCUGAAGACACUCUCACUUUAGGCCAUGCUUAUAGGCUCAUCACAACUCAAGAGGUUGAGAGGGUAUUGAGAGUAAAGAAGAGGAGGACACAUGGAAAAACAGUGGAAGGUGUGGAAAUGGUGGAGCUGGAAAAGGAAAAUUCAGCUUGUGAGAAUGAAGGGAUGUUGGACACAGGAAAGAUGUAUCAGGCAAUGAGAGCCGAUAGACGGAGGCUAAAGGUAGGAUCAACAAAUCCUGCUGCACUGAGACUAAAAUCGUGGCGCCCUUCGUUACAAAGCAUCUCAGAGUUUUCCAAUUGACUGGUGAUAUAAGCUCUUAAAUGUGUUGUGGCUCAUAACAUCAUUCAAUUUCCUCUUUCGUGUUUGAUUCCCCUCUGUUGAAUUCCUGAUACAUGCAUAGUCAAGGAAGUUCAACUGAGGUUAAAAAAUUUCAUAUACUUCUCUUCCAUUACAAUCACCAUGUUCAGUUACAACAUGUUUGUAUAGAUAACCAAAAAGAAAAAAAAAAUCAAAAUUUAAUUGAACUGAGAUUUUUUUUUUAUUGUUA